AUUGUGAGAUCCAGAUUGAGACAGAACUGCUGUCCGUUAUUCAGACACUGAUUCUCAUUGCUGUGAGAGCAACGUCGUGUGUUGUGCGUCGUGUUAUUUCGUGAUAUUACACUCGAAAACAUUAAUCAUUCAUCCCGUGUUUACGCUCUAGACGUCACAGGCUUAGCAGCCUCGUGGUUAACAGUUAAACCUGUAAAAUAAGCGGAACUGGUCUUAACUGUGCCUACAGCAGGGCUCGUAAGACCUGUAGGCGUCUUCUCAAAUUCCCACAUCCGCGCUGAACGAGCCAUUGAAGCGGAAGAGCUGUGCCAUGGCGUCCACCGUCCCGGUUCUCCUGCUCCUGUCUGCGGUUUUAUUCACGGCGACAUUCGCCGACGAUGACUGCAAAAGCUACAUUACCAGCACUGGUGUGCUGAAGCCCUCCAUUAAAUGUGGGUAUUUUGAAUUCUGUUGUGGGACGUGUGAUGAUCGAUCCUGCUGCUCCAAUCCAUUGAGGAAGUUAUCCGAAGAUGCUCAAGAGGACUGUUUUUUCAAUGAUUAUAAGUCUAUUGCUGUCGGUGUGACAGUAGCGGGGAUCGUGAUCUUAAUCAUUAUGUUCAUCGUCUGCUGCGUCUGCCCCUGCUGCUGCCUCUACAAAAUGUGCCGAACACCCAGACCUGUUAUGGGAGCAACGACCACUACAGUCGUAAACACCACAGUACCUCAGCAGCCUGUUGUGCAGGGAGGUCAGUACCCGCCGUACCAGCCCAUACCGUCUCAGGCCGGGUACGCCGGCACGCCAGCUUAUGGAGGACAACCCAUGCCUACAGGACCAUAUCAGGGCCAGCCAUAUCAAGCGGGACCACCACCCCCAUAUCAGCAGACCGGAGGCCCAGGAUAUCCUGUUUCCUACAGCCAGGCUGCGUAUGAUGGUGGGCAGGCUGCGUACCCCAUACAACCACCAGUUCAGCCCGGCUUCGCUCACACACCACCCCCACCAACAGACUAGCUCGACUCAACCGGCUUACAACCCCGCCUACAUGGAGCAACCAAAGACCGGCUACUAAACCACAACCUGGAUUGUUGAUUGUUACGUAGUUUUAUCCUACAAUUGCGCAGUGUACAUCUACUGUUGACGGCAUCCUCUAAUAAAUCUGGGUCAGGAAUUAAAUGAUCAGCGUUCGCUAUCAUUGUGUGCUUGUGGUGCUAUCAUUGUUUUCUCUACACUUAAUUUUAUAUAAAUAUAUUUUUAUUUACUCCAGCCAUUGUGCAUGACUCCAAGCCAUAUAAUGCUUUUUUG